GAGUAAAUGCGCAGCAAAUUAUGAAUUCAAAAAAGAAGGAGACAAAAAAGUCGAAGAAAAGCUUGUAUCGUCAUCUUUACAACAGUAUUCAUUUCCAUUUUCUUUGUGUGAUUAAAUUGUUGUUCAUUAUUGAAAUGGGUUUAACAUACAUUAGAAAGAUGUGCACAGAAAACUGA